AUGGCUGACCACUUCAGAUUGGCGGCGGCUUCCUUGGAGACUGCUGGGUACCAGAAGAAAGGGGACAAGUUGUUUAUUGUCGCCUUAGCUCCGUUAUUGGGACCUGUUGUGGGACCUAUCACAGGUGCCUGGUUUGUGGCUAUUCUAACUUCGAUGGCAAUACCUAAAUCUUCGCCAGGAUUGCUGAACUCUCGACCUGGAGAUGAGUGCUUAUGGACCCAUCUUGUUGGAAAGGAAGGCAGAGCGGAUUCGCAGAUCGAUGAUACCGAGAAGGAACCACAACGAGCAGUCUGCACCAUUUCAGUCAAGAUCGCUCCUGGCAGACUAUCAUGGCCAAAUCGCCCUUUUGCACUCUUCGCCCAAAAGCCAAUCGUACAGCUCCUCGGCAUUUACAUGGCGUAUUUGUACGGGUUGCUUUAUCGGUGUAUACCAGCGGUCAACUGGAAUCGCCUUUAUUACAUUGCACUUGGAAUAGGGUUGGUCGGGGCGUGCCAAUUAAGUGCGAUAACGACGGACAAGGUUUACAUUCAUCUCAAGAGUAAAAACGGUGGUGUUGGGAAGCCGGAGUUCAAAUUGCCUGCUAUGGUUCCCGGAUCUCUGCUACUUCCAAUUGGGUGCUUGAUCGUAAGCUGGACUUCUGAAGCCCAUACUCAUUGGAUAGCUUCAGAUAUUGGUAUGGCGCUUGUGGGAGCAGGUACUAUUCUGAGUUUCCAGUGCAUCCAAACCUACCUCCUUGAAUGUUUUCCGCUUCAUGCCGCUUCCGCGAUUGCCGCUGUCGCCUUUUUGAGCUCUCUGGCACGCUUUGGAUUUCCCUUGUUUGCUCCAGCGAUGUAUGACGCACUCGGGUUCGGGAGGGCGAUAUUAUUCUGGCAGUCGCGGCAAUCAUCUCAAGCUGUCCUGCGCCCUGGAUAUGUUGGUAUUACGGGGAGCGGAUACGGAACAGCAGUCAGCAUGCGCGUUGAUAACCCUAGAUGA